AUGUCCACUAAUAAAAAUCCCCUAUUAAGUUCGAUAACAUCGAAAAAGAAAUUAUGGCUUCGAAUAGACAACUGUACAGAUGAAAUAAACGAACCAAUCUCUAUCACAUUCGAUGAUAAUGAUUCAGUUGAUGAUCUGAAAGAAAAAAUAUUGAAAGAACUUAGUUCAACUCGAUGGCGUCAAUUUAAUGACAAGGCGUCCAUUGCCCUCGGCUAUUAUGAAUAUAAUGAUACACCAACAAAGGUUCAAAGAAGACGAACAAGUUCUCCACCCGUAAGUCAAUCUCAACAGAAGUUGAAAUUCCAAUCCGGUCCAUUUCAAUCGAACGAUAAAAUCACAUUACAACAACCAAUACCUACCUCUAAAAGUAACAUGUCUCUAACAAGUAACAUGUUAAGUCCAGAGAAUACGGAAACAAGUCCUCGAAGGGCGCUUUCCACUAGUCCACAAGUACCAGUAUCAUCGACUAAUAUACCAUUAUUAAGAUUCCAUUCAGCCUCACCAAGUAUAAAUAUCCGUUCCAAAUCUCAACGCCACAAGGCUCGUCAUAAUCAUAAACAUAAUAAUAGCAAUAAUCAUUACUAUCCUUCACCGACAGGUAGUUCAUUCCCUUCUUCUUCAUCUUCAUCUUCAUUAUCCUCCCAAUACCAUCAUCACACAAGAACGGCUAUUAAUAUUAAUAACAACGAUAGUCACCGCCACAGUAAUCCUGCAUCCUUAUAUGCGUAUAACCAUCAUCAUAACCAUAAUUAUACAUUCCAUCCUAAGAAUAUUCACAAUAAUUCAUAUUCCAGACCAUUGAACCGCACACCUGAAUUGCAAACAGAUCAUCCAAUAUCUAGGGUCAUUUUCGACCCGGAGGAAAAAAUCAUUGCCAUAUACACAGAGCUAUUCGGUCCCAUGGGUUCACAACAUUCCUCUGACCCACUAUUUAUAUUUUCAAAUCAAUUAGAAAAUCCAACUCCAAAGGAGGAAGAGGAGGAGAGGGAGGAAGAAGAUUUGAAGGAGAAGUCGGUAGACACUGUGGAGCCAACGAUAAACAAUAAUGAGGAUAAUGAAAUAGUAUACGGUGAUGAGAGCGAUCAAAACUCACGAAAUACACCCUUUAAUGACAAUGAAGACGAAGUGGAGCAAGGAAAGAAUUUUGUUAAUAUUCAUGAUACUGAAGCGAGAGACUAUGAACUAAUUACAAACGAGGAACAGCUAAGAAGAGUUUCAGAAACAAUGGUAGGUGGUGCUGAUAAUAAUCCCGAUACACCAAAGCAGGCUAUCUUACUUCUGCCGAAGGGUUAUCAUAGUGAUGUUUCAUUUAAAGAGAAAACAGUCCCACCGACACCGACACCGACACCAAGGGCAGAGGUAGAGACAGAACAUACUUUAGUAUCUCCACUAGAUAAUAAUGACACAUUUGAUGAUUCCUCACCCAUUCAACAACAUCCAUUAAUGGAACAAGAAGUUGGAUUGCUUCAUCCCAUGUUAGAAAAUGAAUGGAGGAAAACUGGGUUGUUAUCACCUAUAUCACCUUUAAUGGCUGGUUCCAUUACUCCACAUUAUUCAAAUUCUUAUUCAAAUUUAUCUCAUGAUGCGUUAUUAAGUGGGAUUACCACGACAAGUGAAAAAGUUUUCCCAAAGAUUAAUGUAUUAAUUGUAGAAGAUAAUGUUAUCAACCAAGCCAUUUUGGGUUCAUUCUUAAGAAAACAUAAGAUCUCUUAUAAAGUGGCUAAAAAUGGUAAAGAAGCUGUGGAUAUUUGGAAAGAAGGUGGGUUACAUUUGAUUUUUAUGGAUUUACAAUUGCCCGUGUUAUCUGGUAUUGAAGCUGCAAGACAAAUUAGAGCCUUUGAGAAGGAAAAUGGUAUUGGCAUUCAAGAACAUUCAAAUUCUUUAAAGAAAAACAAAACAAAGGCACCCGUGAUUAUUGUUGCAUUGACUGCAUCCAAUUCACAAGAUGAUAAGAGAAACGCAUUAAUUUCCGGUUGUAAUGAUUAUUUGACGAAACCAGUAAACUUACAUUGGUUAAGCAAAAAAAUUACCGAAUGGGGAUGUAUGCAAGCAUUGAUUGAUUUUGAUAGUUGGAAACAGGGACAGAGUAGAAUGACAGACAGCGUUAUAGCUAAAUCUCCGCAUAAGAUAAAUCCAAAAGUGAACAAAAGUACGGCUUCAAUUUUUAACAGUAUGGAUAAAGAUGAAAGCAAAGUAUAUUCAAACAGCAAUAAUGGCAGCAACAACAAAAUACACGAGAAACAUAAAAGUGUUCCUAGUAUCAUUGUAGAUACAAAUUAUAGAGAGUGA